UCCAUCAGCCGGAUCAAACAGUCAGCUUCUGCAAAGAACCUCUGGAUCAUCUCACACAGUAACCAUGCAGCUGUGCAUCAGAAGACUGGCUUGCCUGGCUCUCCUCGCCGGGGUUCUGGUGAUGGCAGCGUCGGCCUCCGAAAAUAAGAUAGUCAGGUGCUGCACUUCAGUCAGUAUCGCAAACAUCACCGCUCCAAUCCUGGGCUACAGGAUCCAGAGGAAGAACCUCCCAUGUGUCCGUGCCGUUAUAUUUGAGACCGCAGAGGGAGAAGUCUGCAGCCACUGGAAGCAGGACUGGGUGUUUGAGAAGAUCAUGGAGCUAGAGAAAAUCCGCAAAGAAAAGCAGAACACUACUCUUGCCCCUACAACCUCCGGCCUUUAGAAAGCACUCCUUCCCAUCAUUAUAUAACUAUAGCAAAUUGUCUUGAAUUAAUUUAAAAUAUUUAAAAUGCUUUCUAAUGUUAUCCUGUAAUAUUUAAUAUUUAUUAUA